AUAAUUCGGAAAAAUGAAUAAUGAAAAUGAAUCUAUUGUUACCACGUGUGAUUUUAUAACAGACGAAGUGAUAAAAAAAGUUAUCGAAAACAGCGUUAAUGAAGAUGUAAUUCUAAAAAAUUACAUCGUAUUCAAGGCCAGUGAUAAAAUGCUUGGAUUUUUAGCAGAUUAUUGGAAACUUCAAAUACAAGUUAUUACAAGUGACAAUACAAUUAAAUCGCUCUGUUUUUUUAUAAAAGCAGUAUCUAAAUCGAAUUCAGCAAAAGCGGAUAUGGUCAAUGAAAUGAAGCUGUUUGAAAAGGAAAUAAAUUUUUACACAUUAAUUAAGAGCAAAUUAAACACACCUGAUAUAAAUACAUGGAGUCCCAAACUAAUUCUAUCAUUGAAAGAUGCAAUGAUUUUUGAGGAUUUGAAUAGUCUUCAAUAUAAAACGCUAAAUAAAUUUAGAACAUUUGACAGAGAACACACCUUGCUCGCUUUGGAAGCAUUAGCGAGAUUUCAUGCGGCUUCCAUAAUUUACGAAGAGAAACGAUGUCUACUCUUAGGAAAACCGUAUAACAUAAACGAUGACCACGAGAAUUAUCUUAACAAAGGUGGUUACCAAGAAUCAGACCCAUGGUUUAUACAAUGUAUGAAUGGCGCAUUAGAAGCUGUUAAAUAUUUUUCGAAAUAUAGCAAAGAUAAGAAAGUUCUAAAUUUAAUAGAAAAGCGUUGGAACGAUGUUUGGAAAACAGCACUCCGGCUUUCUGAUUACUCAUUAAAAUAUAGAAAUGUAAUUUGCCAUCGCGACCUAUGGAACAAUAAUAUUUUAUUUAGAUACUUAAAGAAAGGUGUGAAAACGGUACCCGAUGAUUGUUUACUUGUCGAUUUCCAAGCAGUUAGGUGUCAACCGCCAGCUGGCGAUGUAAUGUUGCUCCUUUACUGUAAUUUGGAACCUAAUUUCCGAAAAGAGAAUAUUGCAACAUUCUUAAAUCAUUAUUAUAAUGUCAUGAAGAAUAUUUUAAGUAGCAAUGGUAUACCCAUUCAAGAUGUUUUUUCUUAUGACAAUUUUCUCAAAUCUUGUGAUGAACAGAAAUUGUGGGCACUUGUGGUAAGUGCCUGUCUUGUACCACAGUUCUGGAUUGACGAUGAACUCAAUACGAAAAUUUUCUGCAAUACUACAAACUUUAAACAUAUAAUGACAAAAGAUAAAGCGUCAUUUAUCAAAAACAUGAUAUUAGAAAAUAGUGAUUACAAAAACAAAGUCUUAAAUAUAUUAGAAGAAAUUGUACAACAAUACUGUCUUUAAUAUAAUACUGUAGUAAAUUCUGUAGAAUAGUUAUACUGGUUAUAGAUUUUUAAUACCUUUUUACUUUCUACUUCCAUAGUUUUUUGAUUCAAUCUUUAAACAUAAAAUUUUCUUUAAGCCGAAUUUUCUUUAUUUUUAGGAUGUAUUAUAUUAUUAUUAGUGGUGUCAUUCUUCUACUGGUUAUUAAAUGCAACUUUAAUAUUCUUUCGUUUAAAUUGGUUGUCUUCAAUACGUCGGUUCCCAUACUUUCUAUGCCAUCGAUCAUCGUUUCGCUGAGUGUACAUAUCGCAGAAUGGUCUUAAAAGCAGAAUAUAUAACAACUCUACGAAACUCAAUAGGCUUGCGCCGAGAAAUAAUCCGCCAGUUCCUCCUGUUGACACUAGAUAAAUAAAUUAAGUUAAUUAUUUGUAUGAAACAAUGUCAUACAUGUAGAAUACGACUUAAUAAAAAUAUUAAUUUGAUUUCUAGGUCUGAUCUAUUUUUAUUGUUUAAAAUAUCAUUUAGCAGAGUGGUAUGGCAAUCUUGCCAUCAUUCAAUGAUUAUAAUUUGUACUCGAGAGAAUAUCAAAUGAUUAAAAACAGAAGUAAAAAUAACAACAACACAGGAAAUUAAUCGUGUAACUUUUAUUAAUGCUGAACUAGUUCAUGAAAGGGUAAUUUUUCUCCUUAUGUAUCAAAAAGUUCAAUGGAAAGUCGUAUACUACGUUUAAAUAUCUUUCUAAUAUAUAGUAAAUUUAAAUUUAGACAUGAAAAUUGAAUAAAUAUUUUUAUUUUAUUAUUUUAUUGUUAUGGUGCUGAAAAAUCAAAUUUUUCGCACUAUUGCGGUUCACGAGGCAAUUUUCUUUACUCAUUUACGCAAACCUUAAUGUAUAAAUACACCUUCACUUUCACUAAACCUUCUUCAUGAAGCACUAAGUCCAAUGGCAAAACCGUAUGAGGAACCUAAUUUUUAGUUUAUCGCGUUCAAACAGACAGACGCGUCAUAUAGAUUUUGUUUUAUAAUAUGUAAUGAUGUACUUAUAUAGGCAUAUAAAAUGUGUGUAAAUCUCGUUAGUAUAUUUUUUUAAUUAACCAUCUUACCGACCAAAUCCAGCACACCUCGAACAACAUUUCGUCUGUAUCUCUCGCUUGGUAACGUCGAAAGCUCUAUCUGGAUAGUAGAAACACUUCGAUUGUUCGGUAUUUUAAAAUCCUUAACUAUAGAUAUUUCAGCUUCAGUACAAGAUGGCAAACAAUCACAAUGUAAUCCUGGCCGCGGUGACCAACGCGCUUUUAGAACCUGCAAUAAGUAACAUUAUAUACCUUUAUAAAAAUGUGUUUAAGUAAAUGCCAUGCCAAAAUACUAAAAAACUUACAGAUAGCAAUUGUAGAUUGUCAUGGAGACAUAUAAUUCCACUUUUGUUACAUUUAUCUGACUCUUUCGUAUUAGGCAUGAAGAAAUUUGUGCAAUUGCAAAGGUUUAAUUGGGCAACCUUUCGACACUGUACUGUGCACGCUGUGUAUGAGUAAUAAGGAUAUACAUGAAGAAUGUUUUCGUCCGUAUAUCUGCAUUUCCUUUUCUCGGGCACAAUCACCCUAGCAUCAACAUCGUUUUCAAUAUUUCUUAAUGUUAUUUGACGUCUAAAAACAUUGUUACAAUUUGAGAGUCACAUGGUAAACUUUUAAGUCAUUAUAUAUUAUAUUGUAAUAACUUAUCAGUUACUAUUUUUUGUUUUCCAAGGUAUACCUUGAUUGGCUUGUCGCUAAGUUUGGGGGUCAAUAGAAGGUUAUAUUUGUAUUAAUAAUAAUGUCUAAGAUAAAAUAUCAUGUAACUGUAAUUGUUUAUAGUUUCCGUUAUAAAUAUUUAUUAUAUUG